AUGGGGACUGUGACACUGGAAUUGUCCCUGCUGACUGUGGCUCUCCUCCUGUGCCCAGCCACUGCCAUGCUGCGUAUCGGUGCCUUCAACAUCCAAUCCUUCGGUGACACCAAGAUGUCCAACAAGGAAGUGGCAGAGAUCAUCAUCAAUGUGCUGCGCCGCUACGACGUGGUGCUGGUGCAGGAGGUGCGCGACUCUGACCUCAGCGCCGUCACCCAGCUCAUGGAGCAGCUCAACAGUGCAUCCACAUCCCAAUAUGACUACGAGAUCAGUGGCCCCCUGGGACGGGAGAACUACAAGGAGAUGUACCUGUUUAUCUACAGGACAGACGUUGUGUCUGUGGUGGACACCUACCAAUAUGAGGACCCCCAGGAUGUCUUCAGCAGGGAGCCAUUCAUCCUGAGGGUGUCAGCCCCCAGCACCAGUAAGUGGGGAAACAAGUGACCCAUGGGCUGUGGCCUGGGGUGGCUGUGGGGCUGACAUCUCUCUCCCCUGGCAGAGGUGAAGGAGUUUGUGCUGGUGCCCCUGCACUCGGCCCCACACGAUGCUGUCGCUGAGAUUGAUGCGCUCUACGAUGUCUACCUGGCCAUCAUCAACAAGUGGGGGACUGAUAACAUGAUGUUCCUGGGGGACUUCAAUGCUGACUGCUCCUACGUGCAGCCCAGUGACUGGUCGUCCAUCCGCCUGCGCACCAGCGACAUCUUCAAAUGGCUGAUCCCCGACAGCGCCGACACCACCGUGGGCAAGUCAGACUGUGCCUAUGACAGGAUCGUGGUGUGUGGCAGCAAGCUGAAGAGAAGCGUCCUGUCCAACUCAGCUGGUAUCUACAAUUUCCAGCGUGCUUUCCAGCUGGACCAGGAGCAGGCCCUGGCAGUCAGUGACCACUACCCAGUCGAGGUGAAGCUGGCAGCCUGA